AGAGAUUUGAGAAGAGGUGAAGCAAAGCACUAAAACCCACGAGAGCAUUUGGAAAAGAUGACGAGAGCCGCUCUGGCUUGCCAGCCACGACGAGCUAUGGCCGGACACUUUGCCAUUUAAACCUCCCCAGCCUCGAAUGCCACAGCAGAGCCAAAUGCCAAUGCAGAGCCGGACCUGCAGAACGGUGCAAGGGAGAAUGGUAGUGAGCCCGUAAGACCAUGCUCUACACAAUGACAUGUUGGCUCCCAGUCCUGGUCCUCCACCUGAUCUUCCUGAGAACUGCCCCAGUUGCAGCCUGCCCAGCCCGCUGUGAGUGCGCUCCUCAGAUCAAGUCAGUGGUGUGCCAUCGCAAGCGGCUCACCUCCAUCCCUGAGGGCAUCCCCACUGAGACCAAGAUCCUGGAGCUCAACAAGAACCGCAUCCGCUGCCUGAACCCAGGUGACCUCUCCCCGUAUCCCUUGCUGGAGGAGCUUGAUUUUAGUGAGAACAUCAUCACAAAUGUGGAGCCAGGAGCCUUCAGCAACCUGUUCAACCUGCAGACCUUGCGACUGCGAGGGAACCAGCUCAAGCUGAUUCCCCCAGGUGUCUUCACCAAGUUGACAAAUCUCACCCUCCUGGACAUCAGUGAGAACAAAAUUGUCAUCCUGCUGGACUACAUGUUCCAGGACCUGCGAAACCUGAAGAGCCUGGAGGUAGGCGAUAAUGACUUGGUGUACAUCUCCCAACGGGCCUUCUCCGGGCUGCUUGGCCUGGAGCAGCUAACCAUUGAGAAAUGCAACCUGACCUCCAUCUCAGCAGAGUCACUGUCCUACCUCCAGAACCUGGAGGUGCUUCGGCUCCGGCACCUCAGCAUCUCCGCACUGGAGGACCAGAACUUCAAGAAGCUCUACAACCUCCUGCAGCUGGAGAUUGACAACUGGCCACUGCUGGAAGAUGUCUCCCCCACCAGCUUCCAGGGUCUGAACCUCACCUCGCUCUCCAUCACCUACACGAACAUCACAGCCGUGCCCACAGCUGCCUUGAGGAACCUGGUGUACCUCAGGUACCUGAACUUAUCCUACAACCCCAUUAGCACUGUGCCGAAGGGCUCCUUUAAAGACCUAAUCCGGCUCCAGGAGCUCCACAUUGUGGGUGCUCUCUUGGUCUCUGUGGAGCCACAGGCUUUCUCUGGCCUGAGACAAAUCCGUCUCCUCAACCUCUCCAGCAACUUCCUCUCCACACUGGAGGAGAGCACCUUCCACUCUGUCAACACACUGGAGACACUGCGCGUGGACAAGAACCCCCUAGCUUGUGACUGCCGCCUGCUCUGGAUUCUGCAGCGACGGAAGACACUCAACUUUGAUGGGCAGCAGCCCAUGUGCUCCUCACCACCCGAGAUACAGGGCAAUGCCCUGCGUGACUUCCCAGACUCCAUACUCUUUGAGUACUUCACCUGCCAAAAGCCCAAAAUAAGAGAUCGGAAGCUGCAGCAUGUCACAGCCUGGGAAGGACAGUCUGUCUCCUUCCUCUGCCGGGCAGAUGGGGAGCCAGAUCCCUCCAUCGUGUGGGUCUCCCCCCAGCACCGCAUGAUCACCACCAGAAGCACAGGGCGGGCGAUAGUGCUGCCGGGGGGCACGCUGGAGAUCCGAUUUGCCCAGGUCCAAGACAGCGGCACAUACAUUUGCAUUGCCAGCAACGCGGGUGGCAACGACACCUACUUUGCUACCCUGACAGUCAAGGGGCACCCAGCUGACAGCUCCUUGUAUGCAAACCGGACUUUGUACCUCAGUGAGUUCAACGACACCUACCACAAUGACACACAAGUCUUCUUAAAGUUUACACUGGACCUCAAGACUAUCUUGGUCUCCACAGCCAUGGGCUGCAUCACCUUCCUUGGGGUGGUGCUCUUCUGCUUCCUACUCCUCUUUGUGUGGAGCCGGGGCCGGGGGCAGCACAAGAACAACUUCUCCGUGGAGUACUCCUUCCGUAAGGUGGAUGGCCCCACAACCACCACGGGCCAAGGAGGAGCCAGGAAGUUCAACAUGAAGAUGAUCUGAGCCUUUCCUGAGGUGAACCAUUCUCUGCUGCCUGUCCCGAAAUGUGGCCAAUGCAGGCCGGGGCCGGAGUGAGGAGGUUUGGCUUUGGAGCACCCAUUCUAUGUUUUCCAGUGACAUCCUUGUCCCUGCCGGCAGGCUCUCAGCAGGACCUGGCUGUGCUGGGAUGUCAGCUGAGGCUCACCACUAGAGCCUGCAGCGGCUGGGAGACAUGCCAAUGGCUCCUCACAGGCAGAAUUGAGCAAGAACUGCACUGCGCAUACCUCGGGGUCAGGGACACCCUGCUGAAACCCCAGGCUGCCCUUCCACAGGACAGAAGUAGCUUGGAGGUGGUCAUGGCUCGAGGGCUUGGUGGAGGGGGGGGGUCCCAAUGUAGCUAAUGUUUUUGCGUAUCAACUAUGCAUUUCUCAAGCGAUGAGGUGAACUGCAUUUGGGCCUGGGAAAGACCUGUUUCCUUUUUUCCCCUUUUCCUUUUUUUUUUUUUUUUUUUUUUUUUUUAGAGAGAGAGACUCCGGAAAAUUUUGUGGUGGUUGUUUAUGACUCUUCUUUUUUUCUUUCCUCCUCCAAAAAUUUUUGUAAUGAAUUUCCAAGAGAAAAGUCUUCCAGUGCAAUGCAGGACUGGGUUGUUCGGGGAAGCUGCUCCAACAAAUACAGGCACCCCAGCUCUCCUUGAGCCCCCUCGGCAAAGCCAGAUCCCCCCAGGGCAUGGCUGUGCUUUGAAAGCUUGUUGGCAGAUUUAAAAAGUGGCAUCUGCAAUCCAAGGUGCCCAGAGAUGCUCCUGCAAAAGCAAUAAUAACCCACCUCAGCAGCCUCACCUAGACUGUGCCAACAUUGGGCAAAAAAAAAGAGGGGGAGGGAAUGAGGCAUUAGUCAUGGCCAUCACCAGUAGGAGAAGAAACUGGCCCUGUCCUUGCAUCUACACAGCCAUUCCCCAGGUGUGAACUACCUGGGAUGGCUGGUCACAGCUGGGGUGACACCUGGGGCUGAGCUGGAAGUGUGGGGAGCAAGGGCAGCUCCCAGAGAGCCUGGCCCACAGCAGAGCAGAAAGGUGGGGGCUGAUCCAGCACCCCAAGCCCAGCCCAGAGAGUGACAUCUCUCCAGGAACCUCACAAGGGGGACAGUGACGCUGCAAGUGAACUAGUCUGGGGUCAUUCCUCCUGCUGUGUCCACAGUUCCUGAAAUUGAGCCCUGGGAUUCCCAGGCAUCCCAUUUAGGGGGAUACAUCCGCAUUUCAGCUCUGCAGUCCCAGGUUAUCCUGUCCCCAAGGCAACUGAGCAGACGUGCGAUUGCUGAGCCAGGUGCAAAAGGCAGGGGCAGCUCUGGGGCCAGGCAGGCUGUUUUCUUUCAUUUGCAAGGUGAAAUUCGGUGGGAGAGAGCGACCUGGUUUGUCUCACGGUGGAGAGGUGGGGGAAGGCAGUGCAAUGCAAGGUGGAAAAAAUGGUUUGCAAUAAACAGCUCUGGAAUGAGUGGCAGAAACAACACAGCCACGGAGUAAAGGCAGAAAGAGGCUCCCCAGAUAGCGCUCGAAUUUUGGGACACCCCUGCCCAUGUCUGACCAACCCCCUCUUUUGGAGAUGGCUUUUCUCUGGGGAACACCCAAGGCUGUGGGCAGCCAGCAGCCCUCCAGUUGAGCUCAGCCCAGGGGGACUCUUUGCCUGGUCUUGGCCACCUCGAGAUGGCAUUUGUGCAAAGCGCUGCUGCUGGCAGGUCCCGUUGCUCUUGCCCAUGGGCCACUUCUGCCUCUCAGCCCUUCUUUAUUGCCCUGCGCUCUGCAGCGCAGUGGAAAUGCCCACACCCAGUGGCUCCUGCCAUGGGGACUGUCCCCAGCCAGGCUGGCUCCUCCUGAGCUAGGGCUUGUGAAGAAGAGCCAGGUCACUCUGCAGGGCUGGCUCUGGGGCUUUGCAGCCCCUUUCCAGGCGUCCUUUUGCUCCCAUGUGCAAAUCUCUGCUUAUUUUUGUUUACGCAGCACUCAAGCUAUUGCGGCACCCGGGCGGCCUGCCUGGCUUUGGAGAGGGGCCAGGGAGGCUAAGCUGAGGUUUAGUGCUUGUAGGGUGCUCGGAGGGAAGGAGGGUAACUCCGCCAUGAGCCCCAGGGUGGCCCAACUCUGGAGGGUGACCUCAUGGUGCCCAAGGUACUCCAUUUUGCCUGCGCUUUUGAGGAAGGAGCACAGGGAUGCAACUGUGCAUGCAAGAUCCGGGCAUCCGGUGUGAUCCUUCAUGCCAGUGGUCAUCUACCCCUGCUCACAGCACCACUGGCUUUGGCACGGGGGCAAAUUUUUAUAGUUGGGAGAAGGUGCGGAGAUGCCUGUGGUGGAAGCAAAGAGCCUAGAUGGGCAUUUGGUGGGACGGGAAAGCCAUUGCUGCCCCGAGCAGCCCAGCAGGCCAGGCCUGGGGCUAGACUUGCCUGUGGGUUGGCAGUCCAGGGACACUGGCACCUGUUCGCCCUGUCUGCACCCUCCACGGCGGCCGGCACAAACCGUGACAGCACCGAAUGGCCAGGCAGGGAUUUGCCCGUGGCUUUGCUGGAUGGGACACGAGCCAUGGCGACUGCUUACAUUACUCCCUGCACCCCAUAUCUCGCUGCACCCACUCCUGCUGCUGUCCCAGCCCCUGAAAUAAGCUCCAUGGGCACAAUGCAGGGUUUGAGCCCAUCGCUUCAAUAUGUUUUGGCUUUUCCCCCAAACUGGACUUGACCCCCCUCCCCGCAGGGGCAGGACGAAGGAGCCCACAGGAGCCACCAGCACCCCAGGCUCAGCAUUCAAACCUCAUCUUUCCCCAACACACACCCUGUUUUGCAAGGGAGGCUGCUCCUCCACCUGCCCCGCUCUGGCAAUUCCAGCCCCUCGCACAGAGCUCGGGCCGCCACGGCCCCCGCAGCCGCCGCCGCGGUUUCCCUCAUCUCUCCCCAUCCAUCACCCUCUGCCAUCAGCCCACCACCCCCUCGCAUGCCAGGACCCCCCCCCCCACGCUCCCCACGCCGUGCAUGCUGUGUCGUGGCCCGAGUCCCCUGGUAUCACCCGCACAGUCCCCCGCAUCCUCGUUCAACGUCUGGGUUUUUUGUGUUUUGUUUUGUUUUUUUUUAACCAGGGUGGGGGGUCGUGGGGAGAGGGUCCGGGCAUGGAAACCUGGAGGUGGGGAGAUGCCCGCUGCUGGCAGAGGAAGGGGUUUGGCAGUACAGAACUUGCACAGUUUUCUAUGUAAUGAGCAUGUGAAAUAUAUUUGCGAGGGGAAAAAGAAAAAAGGAAAGAAAACAAAACAGGAUUCUCGUGGAUUGGUUGUUUUGUUCCUUCUUCCUCGUGUGCACGGGAUAAAAAAAAGCCAGGAUCGAUGGAGAAAGGCCGGCAAAGAGGAGCGACGGCGAUGCUCCACACGCCUGGCCACGAAACUGCAAAGGAGCCAGAAAAGUUGGUCCUAGGCCUGCUCCAUCCCUCCGCUCCCCUGUGCAAACCAGGCAGCUGGGUGGCCCUUGCUCCACGCACGGGGUCUGGCCUUGCCCCAGCCAGGUGCAGAGCAGACGGGUGCCCCGGCGGGAAAGGGGGGGGAGGUAUUUUUAUACAGCACCGUGCGCAGGGUCCGGAGACGGGAGCUGCACCACCCCCGGGGAGGCCACAGCUCGGGCCGGGAAUCUGGAUGGGAUUUUUCACUGUGGGGAGUGAAGAACAUCCUCCUGCUGGAAAACAGGGGGUUCAUGACAUUGAAGCGGGCGCCUUUCAAAAUUAUUGAGCUUGCCAAAGGUUCCACGGACAAAUUGUAAGCAAAUCUCCUGAUUUCACAGCAAUGAGGGCUGGCAACUAAUAAGAAGCAGUGGGUAACUAUCACAUCCCACAUUCAGGUGUCUACGUUGGUGAGAGACCUGGAGAAGAGCAAAGGGCAGGGUGACGGCUCCGGAGGGACUGUUAGGAGAUGGCUUUGGCUUUGCCAUCGAUUCCCUGGCAAACGCCCCUGGCAGCCCUGUAAAACGCUGCUAAAACAACUUGCAGAGGGCACGGAACUGUGUCUUAAUAACGAAUAAAUGAUUAAUGCGCAUGUGUUAACAAAA